AUGGCACCGAGUAUCCCUAUCCCCACGCAAGGCGGCAUGUUCCACACCUUCGCUGCGAUGGGCAGCAACCAUGUGGGCAAUGCCUCUCAAGUCGAGCCCCUAAAAGAUGCUUCUACGACAAGCAUCGUCAGCGGAACUCUCGAGGCCUUGUCUCAAUCCCUAGAGGAAUGCCGGUCGAUACUCAAGCGCUUGUUUCCCCACCACGAAAUGCAGUCUUUACUACCAUUGCCUCGGCAGGAGCUGCUCAACCUUCUCGAUCGUCCCAUCAAUGACUCCAUUACCGCACUCCCAUCGCCGCCACUGAAUACCUCGCCCUUCUCCGGUGACAUGGGAUCUCCGACCCUGUCAGGAUCCGACCAUGGCCUCUCUAGCCUCUCUUCGCUGGAGCAACUACCGUCUCGGGACAUGGAAUGGGACGAGGAACGCCGCGGACGAGACCCAAUCCCCGUCGAGGCGGACGAUGUGAACGCCCUGUCCCUUUCGGUCGACCGCCAAGCGUCCUACCUCGGGGCUUCGUCCAUCAAGGCUGCACUCAUGGUAAUGCUCAAAGUGCAGCCAGGCCUGCGAAGCUCCCUCACACCACCGCUCAACAGCGUCGAGAUGGCACACAACCUGCCCACCAUGCGGCAGAAGGUCACGAACUCGAAAGAGCCGCAACGGGUACCGUGGUCCUGGAAGGGUCAGACCUUGAUUGAUGCAUACUUCAAGCGGAUUCACGUCUUCAUCCCCAUGCUAGACGAGGCAUCGUUUCGCGCAGACUAUCUGGAAGGCCAGAGGUUCGACGCCCCGUGGCUUGCGCUUCUGAACAUGGUUUUUGCCAUGGGCAGCAUCGUGGCGAUGAAAUCGGACGACUACAAUCACAUCAACUACUACAGCCGGGCUAUGGAAUAUCUGCCAGUGGACUCUUUUGGCAGCAGCCACAUCGAGAUCGUCCAGGCCUUGGCAUUGGUAGGAGGCUACUACUUACACUACAUCAACAGACCGAACAUGGCGAACGCCGUAGUCGGAGCUGCCAUACGGAUGGCGAGCGCCCUUGGACUUCACCGCGAAAGCCUAGCCCAUGGGCCGUCUGGUACCAGCAAUGAAAUCGCCGCCGCGGAGACUCGAAGACGCACGUGGUGGAGCUUGUUCUGUCUCGAUACCUGGGCCACGACUACCAUGGGCCGGCCCUCGUUCGGACGGUGGGGCCCAGCCAUCAACAUCCGUCCCGCCGAGACCGGCGUCAGCUCCGGCAGGGACUCGGCCCAACACGCAGGCAUCCUGCCGCUGAUCGAGAACAUCAAAUUCUGCAAGAUUGCCACGACGAUCCAGGACAUGCUGGCCAUCUCGCCCCUGCUGCGCACCGAGGACCGCUGCAACCUGGACGGGCAGCUCGUCAACUGGUACAGCAGCCUGCCGUGGCUGCUGCGGACGAGCGACCCCUGCGCCGAGCCGCUCUACAUCGCGCGCUGCAUCAUGAAGUGGCGGUACCAGAACCUGCGGAUGCUGUUGCACCGGCCCGUGCUGCUCAACCUGGCCAGCAGCGGCGCGUCGCACGCGGCCGAGCACGACAUCGCGGCCAUCGAGGCGUGCCGCGACCUAGCGGCGCAGACCAUCGAGGACAUCUCGCGCGAGUGGACGCGCAACCAGAUGAGCGGGUGGAACGCCGUCUGGUUCCUGUACCAGGCCGCCAUGAUCCCGCUCGUGUCCGUCUUCUGGCAGUGGGACAGCCCGCGCGUCGACGGCUGGCGCAAGCAGGUCGAGACCAUCCUGGAUCUGCUCGACGCCAUGCAGGACUGGUCGCUCGCCGCGCGCCGCUCGCGCGAGGUCGUCUGGCACAUGUACGAGGCUUCGCGCCAGCUGGAGCCCGGGAUGCGUGCUCACCGCAACAAUGGAACCAACAACGACAACAGCGCCUCCUCGCCGCCCCGGCAGCAGCAGCGCCUGCAGGUCAUCACCGACCACGGCGGCGUGGGCGGGCUCGAAGCGGCAAUGGCCGCAGCCGCAGAACAGCUGCACAUGUCGCCCAUCGGGCUCGAGCCCGAGGGCUUCGGCCUGCUCUGGGGCGGCGUGCCCGACCAGCACGGGGGCCUGUGGGACCUCGACGGCAUGAUGUGGGGGGGCGGCGUGCCUGAGGAGAUGGAGUGGGCGCAGCAGCAGUUCGGCAACCUGCACGACGGCGGGGUCUCCUUUGCUGGCGUUGGUGGUGGUGGCGAUGGUGGACUGCAGUUGGGAGCGGCUACUUCGCCUGCUUCUGCUGCUACUACCGGCUUGGAUGGCUCGGCUUUUUCUUUUGGGCAUUAA